CCCGCGUCCUGUGAAUGGUACGGUCCGUUGCCUAGGUGCUAGUAGAAGCCAAUUCACUCCGCCACGCCUGUGCUCAGCACUUGGCUUACUUGUGUCGCCUUUACCCCUUUGAAAGCACUGUUGUGAAGCAUCUCAUGUUUUACAGGGAACUCAAAGACAAGAGACGUUUCCAUGGAUGAACUGCAACAACAAUGGGAGUGAUGAAGUUCGAGGACCUGCUGCUCUUUGCCUCAUCACUGCACUUUGACUUGUGCUCUGUUGGGUACCGUGUAGGCUAAAUUGUCGUUUUGGGAUCAGUACUUUUCACCAUCAAGGAAAAAAACGUCAUCAUUCACUGAUGUGGCUUCAUCAAACCUAAUGUAUGACCAUGGAUCAUGAAGAGGUGCACACAGAGCUGGACCAGCUUUCUAUGCGGCUUCAGGAGGAUGGCUUGCCUUCGGGGGCAAGUGUUGAGGAGCGGCAGCGCCACCUGUGGCAGCAGCUGCUCGACACUGAGGCAAAGCUUCGGUCGUCCACCCAGGAGCUGCAGAUCUUACGUACGCAGCAGGCCAAUGAGAUGAAGGAGGUGGAGAGCUACGUUGCACAUAUUCGAGGGCUGCUGGAAGAGCGUGAGUGUCUGACUGCAGACUACGAGAGAGACAAUGAACACUUGCGACAAGAGCUUCACCAGAUCAGACAACAACAAGAGAGUCAGAGCAAGGAGCUGGCAGAGCUGUUGGCUCAGGAGGACCUCGGGGAGAUGGGCUUGAGCAGCCCAAGUGAACAGGUGGCAUACUUGCUGGUGGAGAGGGCCACACUGCUGGAAAGGCUGGAGGCUGCUGAGAGGAGACUGGAAAGUCAGAGUCUCACUGACAGUCUGAGGGAAGUCCAGCACCAGGAGCAUAUUUGCCACACGAUGGGGGAGGAGCUUAAGCAGCAUAGGGAGGAGAUGCAGAAAACCAUAGAUAAUGUGACGAAGCAGUGUUCAUCCCAGAGUCCAUUGAAGAAGCUGUUUGGGCUGCGCAGGUCUGGUCAGAGCAAACACAAUAUUACCCCUGCCCACAGUGAGGAGGUUUCCCGGGAGCGAAAUGAACGCCAGAGGCUGGAGCGGGACCUGGAAGAGGCAUCUAGAAGAUUGGCAAUGGCUCAUCAGGAUAUCAGAAGACUUACCAAUGAGCUGGAUGCUGCCAAGAACAACAAUCUAGACCCAAGUGGAUCUCAGCUUGAGGGAACGGUCCAGGAGGUAGAAAACCUGAGGAAGGAAGUGGACAAACUGAAACACUGUGAUAUGAUGAAGCUGCAAAGAGCCAAAGAACAAAACGACAGGUUAGAUGCUGAGAACCGAGCUCUGAGGGAGAGAGUCCGCACUAUAGAGUCUGAGAAGAAAAAUCUCUCAGACCAGCUGGCAAUAAAUGAUGCAGACAAAGAUGUUGUAGCCAAAGAGGAUCAAAAAGACAAGAGCAUCAGCAGUGAACCACAAAACAAUCUGUCUGGAAACGAAAAGGAUUACAUUCACAAACGGUGUCGUGAGGCGAUGGAAGAUGGGCUUGUACAGGUUAGGGAACUGCAACGGCAACUCCAGAGGCUACGCAAGGACCAGGAAGAGCUGGAGGAGAGGAACGAGGAGCUGGAGGCACUGCUGGGGGAGGCUCAGAACGCCAGCAAGGAAGAGAGGCAUCGCCAUGAGGGAGAACUGGAGGGACUGCACAGGAGGAUCAAAAGCCUGGAAGCAGAGCUGAAGAAACAGGAUACACAAGAAAAGAUGUUAAAGAACGGAGAAGAUGUCAAACCCACUGAAUCCUACUUACAGCUGCACCUAAGAGACAGCAGCCAGGAGAGAUUGGCUCUGCUAGAGGCUCGUCUAACUGAGGAGAAAGACUGGAGGAAACAGCUGGAGGUAGACCUCAGUGCUGCACAGGCUGCCCUCAAAAAAGACAAGGAGGCUUUGCAGAUAGGUGAGCGAGAGCUGAAGAAGCUUAGACUUGAGGUCAACAGCCUGCAGACAGAAUGCCAACAAGGAAAAACACUCAUCAAGAGCCUCACCCAAGUCAAGGGGGAAAAAGCAGUUCUGGAGGAAAAGGUGGCCCAGAUGGAGCGUGCCCACAGUCGGCUCCAGACUGAGCUGGAGCGCUACAAAGACAGUAACCGGGACCAGGAGGACCUCAGGGAAAACAGGCUUCAGGUCGACCAGUUGCAGGAGCAGGCUGACAGACUAACUGCUGAACUCAGCAGCCUCCAGACAGCACACAAUGCCUUGAGAGCUGAGAUGGUUUCUGAGCGGCAGCAGACUGCCGAGCUGCAGGCCAAGCUGAGCUCCAGUGUCCAGGAGAAGCUGACAGCUGACGGGGAAAGAGAGAGACUGGAGCUUGAGAUACAGCGCCUCAAAGAGCAGCUCAAGUGGCAUCAAGAGCAGCUCGCCUCUACAAAGGAAGCACUUAUUAGCAGCCAGAAGCCCGAAUUACACACAGCUCAUGCAGAAUCUAGGCUUAGUCCAGUGGAGAGGAACAAAGAUGAGUGCUUGGAUCAGCUUUCGGUUCUGAAGGGGGAGCUGAAUCAUCUGCAGACCAAGCUUGGGGAGGAGCGGCAGCUGGCCUCUCAGCACCAACUGGCCCUGCAGGCCCAGGUCAAUGAAGCCCAGGCGCGCAUCAAGUCGCAAGACUUAGUGCUGAGCCAGAAGGCAGAGGAGGCUAAACAGAUGAAGCAGGACCUGCAGAGGGCCCAGAGCCUGUUCACCUCUGCCGAGAGAGAGCUACGCUACGAGAAGGAGAAGAACAUGGACCUGAAGAGACACAACACCCUGCUUGACCAGGAAAAACUCAAGCUUUGUGCAGAGCUGAAGCAGGUCCAGACCAAGCUAAUUCAGGUGGAGCAGAGUGUUCACGCUCAGGUGGCUGAGUGCGAACGUCAGCAGCAGAAAAUCAGGGAACUGGAGUUGGAUCUGGCACGCAACUCCACAAACCGCAGUGCCACCACCAGUCUGCAAGAGGACUUGCAGGCCGAGAGGGCGCGGCUCAUUGCUGCUGACAAAAAGGUGUUGGAGCUGCAGCAGCAGCUUAAGAAUGCCCAGCAUCAGCUGCGGGUGGAGGAAGCCCGGGCUGGCGAAAGCAGCCGCCUGGAGAGGGACAGCAGGGAUCUGUCUGACACCUUGUCAGCCUUGAGAGCCAAGCAACAGGAGGAGCACAUCACCAGGAAGCUGUUAGAGCAGCGUGAAGAGGAGCUGCAUCAGCAGGUACGCUCCCUGAGGUUGAAGGAGGCCACCCUGACCAGGACAAAUGCAGAGCUCAGCCACCGUGCCCAGCAGCUGGACACCCGUCUGGCUAUCCUGGAGGCUGAGCUUAGCAAGGCCAGAGAGGAGGCAAGAGACAGCCAGAAGUCAAACCAUAAGCUACAGGAGGAGCUGGUGUCCAGUCAGCAGGAGUGUGACAGACUGCAGGGGGAGCUGCAGCAAGUUCUCCUCCAACUAGACACACACGUCAGGAAGUACAACGAAAAGCAGAGUCAGCACAAGACCAAGCUGCGUCAAGCCAAGCAGGUCUUCCUCAAGGUGACCGCGCAGAGGGACCGCAUCAUCCAGAAACUGGAGAACGACCUGGUGCUGGCCUCCAGCCUCUCACACAAGGAGAAGGAGCGGAUCAAUACAGUGAUGGAGGAAAAUGAGAAACUUUUGGAGGAGAAGAGGGAGCUGCUGCGGAAGAUAAGUGAAGCAGAGGAGAUGGGCAGCAAUGGCAUGAGGACCGCCUCCACUGUCCAACACAGGGUUAACGUCUUAGAGGUGGAAAACCGACAACUUCAGGAUCGAACUCUGAAGCUCUCCAAUCAAGUCAGUUCCUUAGAGCGAGCCCUGAGGAACGUCCAGUCGUACUACAGCCUGGAGAACACAAAGAAAGUGCUCCCCUCCGAAAGUCUCUGUGAUGGCAUCCUGCAUACAUCUACACUAAGCCUGACAUCAGGAUCAUGUGACCCGCUUGACUUCCUGGACGCAAUCUGCCGUGUGAAGGUGGGCGAGCGCGUGGCGUUAGACAGCACCCGAGCGUCCGUCUCUACGCACCAACCAUCAGAGCAGGGCUACCUGAAUCUUACCUCUCCACUGGUUCCUCCAGACGCCAAAGGCACAGAGGAGAGCUCUAAAACCAGUGAGCAGGUAUGAGAGGUGGGAGGCUGUUUGCAACAGCAAACCACCAGCGAGGAAGAGUGUCAAAGUAUCGGGUAGCACUUACAGCAUCCGCCCACUUCCACCGGAGAAAAAGUCAGAAUAAAUGAGUGAAAGAAUAUGUAGAAUGCAAAUAAUCCAUGUUAAAAAAAAAAGUAAUAAUGAAAGAGAGCUUCCACUGCAGUUCUGCUCAGGGUGGUAUUUCUUUUGUUUGGCCUGAAAGUACUGUGAUCCAGGUUCAGAUUGAGGGUGAACAUUUGGGAGAUUUGUAAAAACCUGUGCAAGUGUCAAUCAAAUAUUUUAUAUGACAUAUUUUACAUGAAGCCAGAUAGAUUUGAUUUGGAAGCUAAACACAAUGCACUCUUGUCUGAUUCCACAGAUAUGCAGAUAUGUCUCAGAGGUUUGUUUGCAUCGGCACAACAAAUCAAAUGAGAAAGCCUGAAAGACUUGUGUUGGUUUCGAGGACAGAUUAUCAUUUUGCAAAGAUAUAAUGGUUCAAGAUAAGACGAAUGUCAAAAAGACAUUUCAUGAGAGAGAUUUGAGUGAGGGUAGUUUAAACUGAGCACUUUAUGAAAGAAGUUUUACUUGCGUUUACAUUUUUGGAAAUGUAGCAGUGGAGUAUAAUAGUAUAUUUUUAAUCUUGGCAGUGUUUUCAAUGAAAAAGGCGCCUGUGGUGUUGUAUCUUUAUGGUUUUACUGUGUCAAAAAAAAAAAUCUUAGAACACAUCAGCAUUUUUACAAGUUUACAAAAAUCACACUUUUUUCAUAUAUAACAAUGAUAAUACUGCGGACUUGCGUUAUGUCUAAAAAGAGACUGUGUGCUAAACAGAGUCUAAAUGUUUGGGUCCUUUCUGAGAUCUGUCAAACUCUUUGCUUGUCAGCUGUAGCCACUCCAGUAUUUACAAUGUACGGCUUUGCUUGUAGUUAAAAAAAAAACAGCCAAAAUGAAAAGCCACAGAAUUCCAGGAGCUUUUUCUUUUUCUAUUUUGAGCAUCCUGAGCUGUUUUUUUGUUUUUUUCCCUCACAUUGGUCAACCUCAGUGGUUUCCUCCAGGGAAACAAUCAGAAAGUACUUAUAUUCUCACACACAGAUGUGUGUAACAUAAAACACACAUGAACUAUUUCACACCACUACUAUUAUUUAGUGUCAAUAAUAGUUAUACACUGUAGAAACAAAUGUCUAUUUUGUCUUCAAUGUGCCUGAAAUGAUGAAGUGUUAACUUUAUCUUGCUGCUGCGUGAAAACGUCGAAUAAUAAAAGCCCUUUUGGCGACAGACAUGUAAACUGAGGUCUAAUGGACAAGAAACAUUUGUUGUAUCUGUGUACAUACAUUUUUAAGCAAACAUAUUUUCAUAAAUAAAAGUGAAUAAACAAACUUA